UAAUGGUCAACUAAAUCGAAAUCAAUACCCUGUUGUUUCCUUACCAAAUCCAAAUCCAAGUCCAUUUCUUACUAAACAAAUAAAGAAAAAUAAAAUAAAUAAAUUCGGAAAAUUAAAAAAAUCGUUUCGUUUCUUUGAUUCGAAAUGAAGGAUGAUGAUACUCUGCCCACGACAACGGCAACGACGACGACAACAAAUGUGAAAAAGGAAAGCGCAGAUUCGAGUUUGUUUGGUAAAGGCCGGUUUAAGUUCUGGGCAUUAGCGGCGAUUUUGUUACUGGCAUUCUGGUCGAUGUUCACCGGCACCGUCACUCUCCGGUGGUCCGCCGGUAAUCUCAACCGUCUUUCCGAUGAUCUCGGUAACCCCAUUCACGACGAUCUAGAUGUCCUCGAAAUGGAGGAGAGAGAGAAGGUGGUGAAGCACAUGUGGGAUGUGUAUACGAACAGCCUUCGGAUCAGAUUACCGAGGUUUUGGCAAGAGGCGUUUGAGGCUGCCUACGAGGAGUUGACUAGUGAUGCUCCUUGGGUUAGAGAGGCUGCAAUCACUGAGAUCGUUAAGAUGUCCGUACGCUUCGUGGAUCUUGAUCCUCCUCCUAUCCAAUCAACGAGUGUAAGAGAGCUGAGCAAGGGUCUGAAACGAGCAGAGAAAGGUAGAUCCAAGGUAACCUCAAGUGGAACUGAUCAAUGAUGUGAAGAAUGCUGGAUCUAGGGUUUCAAAUUUACUACUUUUGUACUCUCAUUUUGCUCAUAUGCUGCCCAAGUUUUUCACAGAUAGUGGUCGGCAAAACCAUAUAGUUCAUUCCAUUUUUCUCACAGGGAGAAACUAUGUAUUUAUUUAGUUAGGUUCUCAAUUCUUUCGAAAUUUUGCUGUCACGAUAUUGUCCUAAAGGGUGGUUAACUGAAACAACCACCUACCUUAAGCCAUAUAAAUUCAAGCGAGAAAAUUUUGAAGAGAUUUCAAUUACAUAAAUAUUAAAGUGAAGAAAAUGUUUGAAACCCAUUCCUUUUGUUAUUUGGGAGAGGAAUUCGAAUUGUGUUUUCAUUUUGUGCAAUUUAGUGCCCUAAAUUUGAUAUACACAGCAAUUACUAAAUAACUAACGAUGAAGUGUCCAUAUGCUCGGUGGCGCAAGGUCUGUGCGCCAGCACGACCACAGGCCGGUCCAUAACAGAGUGCAUUUCGUGCGGUCGGGUAGUCGAAGAGCGCGAAUUCCAAAACCACCACCUCUUCCACCUGCCUGCUCAAGACACCCCUCUCUGCCUCGUCACUCCGACGUCCCCGCUCCUGCGUUCGCCAACCAAGUCCACGAAGACGAGCCGU